UUCAAAAGUGAUAUCAUAUUUCAUACACUUAAGAAUCGUAUGCACGAAGAGAAGGAUAUUGUCCGCAAACUGACUGGUAUUAUGCAGUUUGAUAUCACCAAAGAUGACACAAAAUCCGUGUGGACGAUUGAUUUCACUAAACCAUUGGGUGAUAACGUAUAUCGGGGAACAUCUCAAGAAAAACCCGUUUGUAUACUAUCUAUGGAUGACGAAGAUUUUGCCAAAAUGAUGGUCAAUAAGUUUAAUCCACAAAAGGCAUUUAUGAUGGGAAAGAUGAAAGUGAAGGGACAGAUACUCUCCAUCUAUAAGUUGUUCACCGUUUGGGUCGAAGCGGCGUUUAAGAAGAAAAGGGCUCCCGAAGUGCCAUUUAUUGAAGAGAUUUUGUUUAAAAAUGAUUUAAUUGCUGGCCUUAAGAGUGAGAUAAUGGUGUUUCGACUCAUUCAACGAUUGGUUAAAUAUCCGCAAUUGUGUGAAGAAGUCGGAGGUUUCUAUUACUUUGAUAUCACCAAAGAUGGCAAAGUUGUGUCCAAAUGGAAGCUCGACUUCACAGCAAACAAAAUAUGCGGAGUAUUUACUCGACUCCCGAUUGAAAGUCAUUUAGUCUCAGAUCCACUGAUUAUUAUUGAAGACGAAGACUUUGCACUCAUUUCUCUCAACCAAUUGAAUAUUGAAAAGGCGAUGGCAUCGAAACGAAUUAAAUGUGACCAUAAAUUAGUGCCCAAAUUAGUGAAGAUUUUCCAAUCGCCUCUCAUUCAAAGCAAAUUAUAAUGUGUUUAUAAUUUGUUUGAUUUUAAUUGAAUUUUUCAAUUCAUUUCUGCAAUUUUAAAAUUCCAAUAAAUUUUGUUAAAUAUCUA